AUGGCAGACCACAAAAACCCUUUAAGAUAUUUCUUAAAUGAAUCCUCAAAGAAUGAACUCAGUAAACUGGUGCAGUUGCGAACAGCCAAAGGAGCGUUUGGAAUGUUCUUCAAGAGGUUUAAAAUCAACAACCGACCUCGUCAAUGUGAAUGUGGAGAGGAAGAAGAUGUUAAACAUCUAUUAUGUGAGUGUCCAGUCACUGAAAAUCAUCGUCAGAUCUUGCGUGACGCUUCUGCAACGCUAGAUCUUAAAGUUCCCCUUGAUUCCAAGAAGGGCUUAAAAGCGGUAUUGGCCUUUUUGGCCAAAACUCUGCGAUUACUUUAG